GCAUGCGCAGGGUAUGAACGCCUCUUUAAGUGAUAAAUGUGGAUAUCAGGGACUGAAUUAGUGGGUAAAGUUUUUGCGUUUCAGGUGUAAGAAACAAGGUGCUGUGCCGUCCUGUUACGGUAGGUGGCGUGACACGGCGCCACACCGGCGAGAGCACAGAUAGACAGGCGUUCGACAUUUUGAACGCUGAAGCGCCGAUUAGUCAUCUUUUCAACAGUCCGUUUUGUACUUACGUAUUUGAUGGCAACUCAAUAAAUAUAUUUAAGCCGAUUCUAAGAAUAGAGGUAAAACAGACAGUGUAUUCGAGCCUGCGCCCCCAGCCAAGUUUUCCAAAGUCGAAAAAUAUUUGAAAGAACAAAAACCAAGAGUUUUUGUUUGGUAGCGUUAUAGCAUAUUCUGUGUGUACAGUCAUUUAUUCAACUUUCGAAAUCCUGGCCAAUUUGCUAAUUGAUUUCACAAUGAGAACGAUUUUUAGCUCAACGUUUUUCGCACGCUCGCAUCAGUAUUGGAAUAUCCAGGGGAUUUUAUUUAUAUAAUCAACUAAACAUGGCCUGACUUUAAACCAACAAUCUAACUGAAAUGCCUUCUAUACCUUGUACAAAAAAAAAAAAAAAAAACUACGACAUAACUAACUUCGUCUCCAGAUGUCUUUGCAACUAUUUUAAGAUCCAUUCUUUUGGGUUUCCGCCAGUCGGCCAGUUUAUGGAUUAUGACAUGAAUAUUAAUAUGUAUCGUUGAGUCACGAAGCUGAGACUUACACCAUGCAACGUCGUUACUAUCACCCGAUGUAUAAACGCCUUGUCACGUGCUUUCAGUAUGCUGAUCACGUGUUCACGUGUGCUGGAUCACGUGUCUUUUGCAUGACCAUGUUGGGCAGCUACACUUUAUCUUAUUCACCUGUAAUGUGUUGAGUUUAAGUGACUUGAAACGUGAUUAAAUUUAAUAGCAAAUCCUUCUCUUUUUCAAGAUCUAGCAACUAGAUUUACUCGAUUUGUAUGAAACGAAUCAUCCACGAUUUAGUUCAGGAAUCCAAAACAUUCAAAUCGAAACACACACCCCUCCCCCGCCGCCUAGAGCUGUUCUAGAACCCAAACUCCAUCGUCAGUACUUGCCGUCAGUGACGUCACAGAGCAACAAAAGUUGUUUGUAAACAGAUCAUCGCGAGUAACCUUGAAGAGAGGACGUUUUCGUCGCAUCUCUCACUCAUCGCCGCAAUUUUAUCAGAAAACUCAAUAAAGAUUUGAACAUUUCUAACCGUUCUUUUUACAGCGCAGUGUUCGAGACCGCAGGGCUUCAGUCACAAAGCCACUGGAUCAUAACUUUGGUGUGGUACCAGAAACAACCGCCAGGGAGCGUUAUUUCUUCCGAUCAAGACCAACAUCAACAUCAACAUGUCUUCCUACGCCAGCCGUGACAUUGAUCCACCCUAGGUGUAAAUUAGGACAACGUCGCCUCGUCGAUCACAGGCAGCUUCGGUAGACUUCGGCAAACUUCGGCCAUCCUCGUCAAUCCCCGCCAACCACCAUCACCGACGAAAGCCGAGUUCGUCCGUCUGCAGCAAGCCAAAGACUCUUUCUAUGUAGUCUAUGUAUAGAUUGUUAAGUUGUUGUAAAAAGGUGCAAAAAUCGGAAGAGAAAAUUAAUACUGUAGAACAUGAGUUAGAUGUUAGUGCUAGUAGUGCUAACAGUAGUGCUGGGAUAGGUCCCACACUUGGCGUUGCGCAAAAGGAGCAAAAAUCAGAAGAGAAAAUGAAUACUGCAGAAGAUAAGCUAGAAGUUAGUGCUAGUAGUGCUAGCAGUAGUGCUGGGAUAGGUCCCACACUAAGCGUUGCGCCCCCCUCCCCUGCGCAGUCGAACACAGAUGUAUCAAAAUAUGCAGAGGAACUGAUCAAAGACCCAACAGUCCUCCGCAGUGCGACCAGCAUCAGCAAGAUGUUCAAAGGUGGCUCCAAUAACAACGUCACAACCAUUCUUGCCAAAAACCUUAUCGAAUCCGCCACUUCAGACCUACUGAUUGAAAUCGAAUCUUGCUCGUCUAUGUCCAGCGGCAGCUGUGAGUCAGGUAUGGACAUGAUGGACUCCGUUCUUGACAUAACCGGACUCAUCCACGCCGAGAAAAGGCGAAUCAAGGGCGAGUGCUCACGAGAAGAUCUCGGUCUCCUCUCGCAGAUCACGAAGUUCAAGCCGAUCUCUCGCGAAACGACCGAGACCCACCAGAGGGAGAGCACACACGAGUUCGUGCACAGGCGCGACUCCAAGGGUGCAACAACCGAGCAUCUCCACAAAAGUCAGUCGAUAACUACGAUGGCCGAUGUGAGACAAGGGAAGAUCCGGACAGCAUCUGGGAAGACGCUGCGGAUCAGAUGCUCCAAGACGAACGAAAUCCUCCGCCAGAAGAUGAUUUACAACGCCAGACAGGAGUUGGCGCCUCCGAAAAAGAAGAAGUUCAAAACUAUCGCUAAGGCGAUCGCCUGGACCAUGAGAAACAGAUUGGCGUUCAUGAAGGGCGAUGCCCCCAAAACGAAGGAACAGGAGGAAGAGGAGAAGAUACAGAAGCUGGCAAAGAUCUUCACCACCAACGUCAUCAAGGGCGCAGUCAAGAAGUAUGAAUUGGAAGAAAGGCAGGAGGCUAUAAGGCAAGAAAGACGCCGUCGUGCCAACCGGAGAAAAUUCACAACCACCCGAAACUUCUUCGGGGAGUUAGAGGACUUUCCCGACCCUAGGCCGUGGGUUAAGAAGUUUGAUAAGAACCACAACCCUAACAACAAGGCGCUGGCAUACUGGGUCCGAGAGAUCCAAAGGCAGGUGAUGGUGCACGAGUUAGGCCCGCCGCCACCCGACCUGGACCUGCCCUGCAGCAACCUCUCCCUCAGGCACUCCAAACACUCCGAUCUCAAGAUGGCGUGUCAUGCGGAGACCGAAGAGGAACUAGCCAUCUUCAGCGGGCGAAAGAAUUCCAGCAUCUGCUUUGCAAGCACCACUAAGUUCGGGGACUUAAACACUCCUCAAGUCCGCGAAGAGGAUAAGCUCAGCAUGGCUGUUGGAGGGUCACCUGAGGAAAAGACUUCCUCCCGGCGGACAGGGAAAGAGUCGACGAACAAGCCGGAUUAUCUUGGCGGGAAAUCUGGCGGCUCAAGUGUCACCCGAGAGGAAAAGGGGGCUGGUAUGACUGGGCUCUUCCCGGCAAACGAUGUCCCGUCCGGUAAAAAGUCUCCCAAAUCAGGCAGGAUCCUUAAGGUGAAGGACGACAAAACAAAAGAUGUGAAGAGUCCUGUCCAGAAGGACCAGGUUAGCUCGUCCGCUGUUGAUGAGCCCAUACCCAUCUGGACAAAGGCGCCAAAGGAGAAAAAGUCGUGGACCACUCAAGACAAACCACGAGACAUGACCGACCCUAGAGUCGAUCCUCCUUACAUACUGCGCUCUUUGACCGAAGUCCGGCCUGAUAAAAGCGUGGAAGACAUGGAAGAGCCUCCCCCUGCGCCAAGAAGUUCCGAGAAGUCAUCUGGCCCCUCUGGAGGGACCCCUGAGACAGAGGCUGCCCAAACCAAGAAAGGCACUAGAGUCAGACCCACGGCUGUGGCAGACUCGGUUGUGUUAUACCGUGCGGACGAAAGAGUCCAGACAGCCGUUCAUAAGAUAAUGGUUUCCGUGGCUGAAGGAAUGAUGACAAGGAGCCGGUACCUCCGCAUUCUGAACCGCGCUGUCUCGAUCAUCGACCCCAUGAUACAAGUGACAGAAGCCGAGCUCUUUAACCCGACACUUCUUGGCGAGCUGAUCCACCAAGUUAACCAGACGUACAGCACGAUGGAGGCCACCACAAUGGGGCUCACACGGAUUUUUCUUACCAUCUUGUCGGGAGUCCUGACAAGAGUAGCAGGCUUGAUGCCUCUCGUGGGCGCCACAGAAGAAGGAGGCCUGCCCGUACUUCCCUCCAACGCUCCUGUCGGCAGAACAGACACGGCAACAUCGACAGGAAACCGCCUGAUGGCGACCAGAGUGUCCCCACCGCCCUCUGUGUCUGGCAAGGACGAUCAAAACGCUACAGACGAACAGCAACGUAGUGUCAGACGGAAGACCAAACUAUCCAAGGGUCAAGGAAGAAAAGAAGUUGGCAAGGUGGAGUCAGACGAAAAACGUUCUUCAAAGUCAAAGAAAUCUGACGAAGAGCCAGAAGCCACCAUCUGGAAAGUGCCAGACCGUCGAAGGCGUUCUAGUCUCAACCCACCAGUGGUCGAAGACUUAAAAAACACACUCCAACAUCGCGAGGAAGAGCGACAGAAAAAGAAACAGACCCUGCACUUCACCUCUCAGUCCAGUGCCGCGUCACAGAAGAGCACUGUGACCAAAUACGGGAAAGGCAAGAAGAAAGACACGGCUUCUCUGGAGUCUAGUCAGGCGGUGAGGAAGACAACACUUGCGUUCACCCCUCCGCCUCCUCCUCCCCCACUGCCAGGCUGUCUCCCAGGAGGCAGUGCGCCAGCACAGGCCGCUCCUGUUGUAUACACGACACAGACGGCAGAGGUGGGACAGCGCGCCACCGUCAGCUCCCGGGAGCAAGAUGGCACCGAGGUGUCCACUGAGACUGCUACAAUGGCAACCAUGAUGGAAGCCCAAAUGGAAGCACCGCCGGCACCUCCCCCUCUUCCUCCCCCUGACUACUAUCUGUUGGGCGGCGACGAGUCGGACGAUGAGACGCCGAAGGAACAGGCACCGCCGCCGGGGGCUGCCAGGGUGUACGUCCCGCCGAACUACUUGGGUCGCUUUCAGAGCCAGGGCUUCAAGCACGUCGAGUUCCACCCCUCCCCUCGAGGCAGUGCCACCAACAGUGUUGCGGGAAGUGAUGUCGGCAGUGUACGGUCUUCCCGCGCGAGUACGCCCGCAGGCACCCCUCGAAGCUCUAGUCCUGUUGGCAGGGACCGCACAAGCCAGGGAGUCCAAAGCACGGCCCUUGCAACAGCCUUGCGUGAUGUUGGAGAGAGCUGGGGCGCAACACAUGGCAUGAUGCAACCUCGAAGGGACAGUCUUGCCUUCCGACUGCAGUCCCAGUCGACGCAGCUGAAACACUCUACCACUGUGAGGAGAAAGACGUCUACAGGGGAGACGGAAGACACGGCCGAGGCAUCGCACAUGGUCGCCACAGUUCAGGCCGACAGAGUCCCCUCGCCGCCACCCCUGCCGUCCUUUGGCCUGGGUUUAUUAUCUCCACACCCAAUGUCCAUGUCUCCUUUAUCAUCGGCGACGUUGGGCCAAGCCUUGAAUGAUGCAAUUGGAAGAAGGGAUCACGUGAUGCCCGGGCACAUGCAGUCCAGCUCACAUGGAAACGAUAGCUUGUCCUUCCGGCUUCAGUCCCAGUCAACCAAGCUGAAACACUCUACCACUGUGAGGAGGAAGACGUCUAUAGGGGAGACUGAGGACACGGCAGAGGCAUCGCACAUGGUCGCGACUGUCCAGGCUGAGCGUAUCCCGACACCACCGCCGCUGCCGGCCUUCGGCCUCGGUGCACAUGCCCAGAUAGCGCCACCGGCUGCGCUGGCGAUUCCCAGUGCUACGCCAACUAUGGGUCUGUUGUCACACAGCUCUGCCUUGCCUAUGCCACAGCUUGGUGGACAGACUAGUCUUUCUGGAGGUACAGCCAUGCGACACACGUCUGCGUCAUCCAAGGUGACACAAAAGACAAGCGUCAAAAAGGGUGACGAAACUGUGGAAAACAUUGCCGAAGCCAGCCAGGCCAUGGCAACUACGGAAGUUAUGCAGAUUCCUCCGCCACCGCCGCUCCCAACUUCGGAACAGCUGAGACGGUCAAGUCUUCCACGAGCCACGCCACACUUGCUGAUGCAUGGGGCAGGAUUCGGACGAGUCCCCUCACCCCCGACUUUGCCACCUAUGGAGCUACUGAUGGCCGGAAUCUCAGGUGGAUUCGGACAAGUCCCCUCACCUCCGGCUUUGCCACCUAUGGAGCUACUGAUGGCCGGAAUCUCAGAUGGAUUCGGACGAGUCCCCUUACCCCCGGCUUUGCCACCUAUGGAGCUACUGAUGGCCGGAAUCUCAGAUGGAUUCGGACGAGUCCCCUCGCCCCCGGCUUUGCCACCUAUGGAGCUACUGAUGGCCGGAAUCUCAGGUGGAUUCGGACGGCCUCAGCCAAACAUGGCGCUACAGAUGUCAGGACCAUUGGCUCUAGCAGCCCCUCAAUCCUCACUCUUGUCUCAAGGCCAUGGACAAGGAGGAGGUACCUUCAUGCGAAGUACUACAGCUUCCAACAAAAUGACACACAAGACUAAGGUCACGAAGGGUGAUGAAACGGUAGAGAAUGUGGCAGAGGCCAGCGAAACCGUGGGUACAAUGGAGGUUGGUCAUAUCCCUGAACCGCCACCACUCCCAACGCCGGGACAGCUGAGACGACCAAGUCUUCCACAAUCCACACCACAGCUUAACAUGGCGCUACAGAUGGCAGGACCUUCGGCUCUAGCAGCCCCUCAGUACCCGCCUUCUUUGAUGUCUCCAGGCCAUGGACAAGGUGGUGGUACCUUUAUGCGGAGCACUACAGCUUCGAACAAAAUGACGCACAAGACUAAGGUCACGAAGGGUGAUGAAACGGUAGAAAAUGUGGCAGAGGCCGGUCAAACAGUGGCUACUGUGGAGGCUGGUCAUAUCCCUGCGCCGCCACCGCUCCCAACGCCGGGACAGCUGAGACGACCAAGUACCCUCCCACAACUUCCACAAGCCGCACCUCAGCCUAACAUGGCGCUGAUGUUCGCAGGACCUGCGGGUCUAGUAAUCCCUCAGCCCCCGCCUCUGCCGGCUUCGUUGAUGUCUUCAGGCCGUGGUGGAGGCACGUUUAUGAGAAGCACUACCGCCUCCAACAAAAUGACGCACAAGACUAAGGUCACGAAGGGUGACGAAACGGUAGAAAAUGUGGCAGAGGCCAGCGAGACCGUGGGUACAAUGGAGGUUGGCAUUAUCCCUGAGCCGCCACCACUCCCGACCCCAGAGCAGCUGAGGCGCCCAAGUCUUCCAGGAGCCACACCACACUUCAUGAUGCAUGGGGCAGGAUUCGGACGAGUCCCAUCACCCCCGACUUUGCCACCAAUUGAGCUACUGUUGUCCGGAAUAUCAGAUAUGUCCGGACGGGUUCCCUCUCCUCCUGCGCUGCCUCCGAUGGAGUUUCUGAUGUCCGAAAUCAGAUACACAUCUAGACAAGUCCCCAAUCCUCCUGCUUUACCAACAAUGGAGUUUCUGAUGUCCGGAAUCUCAGGAUCGCCGCGGCCACUUUUGGAUCUGGUCGGCUCCGGUUCCAUGCAGCCUGUACCGGAUCCAACCCGACAGUACACCGUCAUGUCGAUGGGCGCUGUGGAGGGUGGCGAGGCGGUUAUGGCGCGCAAAGAGUACUCCCAGAAAGUUCGGGAAGCCCUUGUUGGCAACGACAAUGAAAGCGGAAGCUCAAAGGCGCAGGCCGCCCCGUCCAAGGAUGCUAAGAAGUCUGAUCUAGCAUCUAAGGACGUUGCAGCAAAGAUGUCCGGUCCCGAUGGUUCCACGAAAAUUAAGGGGCCGCAAGAAGCAGGAGACUCGGAAACUAAAGACACUCCUAAGAAGACAGUGCUAACGUACAAGGUCGUACCUUCUAAACCUACGGCUUCCGCCAAAGUAGCAAGUGCAUCGAGCAUUGCCACAUCAACACACACUUCACCACCUCCUAAGGAAGAAAAUGCUCCAGUCGCAGGUCCAUCUGGACAGACAAAAGGGUCCACACAGGACAAGAAAGAGAAGCCAAUUCUUGAGGCUUCACAGAAAGGAGCGAACGUGCCAAAAGCUGGACCGUCCGGAGUCCAGACCGCCAAAUUGGCGCCUUCGAAAAUCCCGCGAGCGACUAGAGGCGUAGAUGUUAAGGGGAAAACUCCCGCUAUGGGUAGUACUGCAUUGUCGCCAAGGCGCGCAGACAUGCAAGCAACAGACAAGAAGUCUGUCAAACAAACAGCACCUUCAAGAAUUCCACGACCGGUUCAAGACACGACUGUAAAAAAACUUCUCGUAAUGGAGACAGAAGCAUUGUCACCAAGGCGCGCAGACAUGCAAGCUACAGACAAACCUGUCAAACAAACCUCAACAUCGCCUUCAAAAAUUCCACGACCGGUUCAAGACACUGCUGUAAUUGACAGAACUGCGCUGUCCCAAAGGCGCAGAGAAGCGUCUAUAGGAUUUCUGACCAAACCUUUGCCCAUGAAGACUGCACAGUCGGUCAAGGACUCCACCGACAGGCCAAGGACUCCCGAGAAGAAGUUGACUGCACAGACGGCUGGACCGCCAAGAGCUCGUACCGGACCGACGGCAGAACCGCCAAACGCUGAGCAAUCUUCCGGGCCAGAUACUCCCGAGUAUCGGCGUCCAUACGGCUGGGUGUCGUCGGGGAUAAAGAAGUAUAACGAUGACGAAAGGGCACGGCUGGAUGCGGAGGUUGACCAGUACUGGGGUGGAAAGUUCUCCAGAGGUCGUGAAAAGUCAUGGUGGAAUAUCGAGGAUCCAGAAGAACGCGAGAGAGCACGGCUUCGCCAGGAGCGGUCUCAGACAGACCUCCGGCGGACCGGAUCGUCAGGCAGGGUGCCCGGUGAAACAUUCGCCUCCUACAAGCCACCUGGCAUCGGGAAAGAAGUGAAGUACGAUGUCGACAGAUCACCGGUGAUGUUACCCGGUCACUUCGGUGGGUCAACGGGCGUCCGGUCCAGAGCGAGCCGGCAGGACACGGGCUUAGUACCGAAAAAGCUGGACUUGGAAGUCUUCGACUCAUCAGAAGCUAGCGAAGACGAGGUAGACUUGGACAAACCCGUUUCAGUGGAGGAUCUGAGAGACGAUGAGUAUUGGCAAGCCUUGGAGAAAAAGGCGUACGCCAUGGUGAAGAAGAGCAUGGAACAACUGGAGACGGCAGAAGAGGACGAGACACCGGUGCAGGAAGCUUCGCCGACCACGAAGAAACCUUCCAAGUUCUCUCAAAUGUUCCAGUCAAGGAAAGAAAAGGAGAGGAAAAGAGAGAGGGAGGCCAGAAAAAAGGCCAUGAAAGAGGAAGUCCCGCACAAGUCGGUCCCCCCGAACGCAAAACCGUUCUAUGGUCCACCGCUUCCUCCGGAGAUGCAGAAAAGUGCUCCGGAGAAGAAUAAAACGGACAUGACGCGCCACGGACACCAGGGGAAGCCUACAAUGGCCGCUAGUAAAGCAGAAGAUGAAGAAUCAAGCACUUCUAACAAAUCUGGCGGCAGGCUCACCCCCUCUAAGCUAGUCGGCAAGAUCAAGGGUAGCCUCACGAGGGUCAAAGAUUCGAUUAAAUCGAGGCUAUCCGGAGAAGAGAGCGACUCAAGCUUCUCCUCGGAUGACGACUGAUUUGUCGACAUAAACAUAAUACCGGCGUGGCAAAAAAAUCUACACAUAUGUGUUCGUUGCUCACGUUUGAUGUUUGAAGUAUCAAAAACACAUUAAACAUAAUAAAUGAACGCGAUGGAUAUUUUAAGUCACGAUGAAAAAGGAAAAUGAAAGAAUCAACUGCAAAGACCUUAUCGCAACUGCGCAGCGAGGGGACGCAAUUUAAACCGUU